AUACCUCCGCUGCGACCGCGGUUCCACAGCAUGGCUUAAUGAACGUAAAAGACGACCAUAGCCAAGCCGCUGGUCGCUUGGGACUGUCAAUAUCUGUCCAUCGCUCUUGAUCUCUCUUGCCAGAAAACUUCUUCUCUAGACACACAAGCCCCUUUUGGUUCUCAACACACCACACUUGCGCCCUGUUCGGCGGUUUCUUUCAACAUGAAGUCGACAUAUAGCGUGUCACUUGCCGCCUUGGUCAUCGCCUUGGUGGUGCGCCUCCUAAUGGUCGGGCGACGGCCCAAGAACUAUCCCCCGGGGCCUCCGACGUUGCCUAUCAUCGGGAACAUUCACCAAAUGCCUUCCAGAGAUGCUCACCUCCAAUUUGAGAAGUGGGCACGCCAAUAUGGCCCUAUUUACAGUCUCAUCCUGGGCACCAAGACCCUGAUUGUGCUGUCAUCCGACAAGGCCGUGAAGGAUUUGCUAGAUAAGAGAAGUGGAAAAUACUCCCAUCGACAGAGCAUGUACAUUGGACAGGAGUUAUGCAGUGGAAACCUACGCGUAUUGAUGAUGCAAUAUGACCAGCGAUGGCGUACUGCCCGGAAACUGAUUCAUGGACUCCUAAACGUGUCGGCCGCAAAGUCAUAUGUGCCCUACCAGGUACUCGAGAACAAACAGAUGCUCCACGAGAUGCUCACCCAGCCCGACCGAUUUCUGCACCACAUCCGGCGAUACUCGAACGCGCUGACGACAAGCAUGGUGUUUGGAUGGCGGACGCCCACAUACGAGGACGAGAAAAUGAAGCAGCUAUUCGAUGGCUUCUCCGAGUUUGCCGAGAUCAACCAGACCGGCACGGCGGCACUGAUCGACUUUUUCCCGUGGUUGAGAAAGCUACCCGACUUCGUUCUCACGGCACAGAAGAAAGCCAAGGAGAUGCACAAAAAAGAGAAGGCUCUGUACCGCAGCCACUGGCUGAAGGCAAAGGACGAAGUCCAGAGAGGCACCAUCAAGCCUUGCUUUUGCGAGGAUAUGGCCGCAGCGCAGAAGGCGGAAGGGAUUAGUGACGACCAGGCAGCCUACAUCUCGGGGACCCUCCUCGAGGCCGGAUCGGACACCACGUCAAGCACGCUGUACGCCUUUGUACAGGCCAUGUUGGUGUUCCCGGAGGUCCAGAAGCGCGCCCACGAAGAGAUCGAUCGGGUGAUUGGCCCUGACCGUAUGCCAACCAUGGAGGACGAUGUAGACCUGCCGUACAUCCGGGCGUGCAUGAAGGAGUCGCUUCGCUGGAUGCCGACGACAAUUCUGGGCGCUGUGCCCCAUGCAGUCACCCAGGACGACUGGUACGAGGGAUAUUUCAUCCCCAAGGACGCCGGUGUCAUGAACAACGUCUGGGCAAUCCACAUGGACCCCAAACGCCAUGCUGACCCCCGAACCUUCGACCCCGAGCGGUACAUCAAUGACACCCAGACUCUGGCGGAUUCCGCGGCGAACCCCGAUGCCAGCAAGCGCGACCAGUUCACUUUCGGCGCCGGGCGCCGCAUCUGCCCCGGCAUCCACGUUGCCGAGCGGAGUCUCUUCCUCGGCAUGUCUCGUAUGCUGUGGGCCUUCAAGGUCGAGCCCGUUCUGGACCAGGACGGCAAGCCAAUCAUCCCGGAUCACAACAAGCUGACGCAGGGAUUCGUCUGCAUGCCGGAGGAAUUCCAAGCCAAGAUUACGCCGAGGUCGCAGGCUAAGGCGGAUCGGGUGAUUCAGGAGUGGGAGGAGGCGGAGAGGGAAUGCUUGGACCCUGAGACGAAGCAGUGGAAAUACUCACCGGUGUUGGGAAGGAAUGGUGAGAAGAAAUGAUGUACAUUAGACAUUACCUGAGGCCCUCGUUCAGGGUGGUGCGAAUCCCCACGGGUCCGUGUAGUUGUAGUAUUAUUCAUUCAUAGGCAAGCUGGCAUGCUUACAUCUUACAUCCC